CUAUUCCUAUUCAAUUCAGAUUGUAGUCGUCCUUGUAUUUUUCCAGCUUGUAGCUUUCGGAUUCGGAUUUUGAUUUGAUUUCUCCUCUCACCAUGGGUAAAAAAAGUUCAUCUACAUCAUCUAUGCGCUUCGAUCACAUGCCAGAGAAUGGCCUCGAUGAAGUUCAGGUUGAUAAGGACGCGUUGCUUGAUCAGUGUUUAGAUGCUUUAUAUGAGAAGAGGGGGUCCACUAGAGAAGAGGCGUUGGCAUCUAUUAUUGAGGCCUUCAGUAGCAGUUUGCAGUAUGAAUUUGUUGAAGCAAAGUUUGCUGCAUUGCUGCAGCAAUGCCUCAAUUCAAUCAAAAAGGGUUCUGCCAAGGAGGCUGCCUUGGCAUCUCAUGCAAUAGGACUUUUAGCUCUGACUGUGGGUCCUGGGGAGAAGGCACAAGAGAUCUUGGAAGAAUCACUCACCCCUAUAUCAGACGCCCUGAGAGUUCGGCCGGAGACAUCUGAGAUUUUGUCGUUACUGCAGUCUUUGGCUGUUAUUACGUUUGUUGGUGGCGAAGAUCCGGAACAGACAGAAAAAUCAAUGCAAAUAAUGUGCCAAGUGGCUCAUCCAAAGUUGGGUGCCAAUGUGGCUACCUCUAAACCUUCACCAGCCGUGAUAGCGAUGACGGUCUCUUCCUGGUCAUUUAUACUCACGACGGUGAACAGCUGGGCACUGAACCCCAAGAAUUGGCAAGAGUCGAUCUCGUACUUCUCUACGCUGUUAGACAAGGACGACAGAGCACUGCGCAUGGCAGCUGGUGAAGCACUUGCUCUAGUCUUCGAGAUUGGGAGCCUGGAAACAUUCUGCGGAGAAGCUGAGGACUCUUUGAUGUGCUUGCAUGGAUUGAGGACUAAAGUACUUGGUCAAGUGCGCGGCCUCUCUGCUGAGGCCGGUGGUAAAGGUUCUGCUAAGAAAGAUCUCAAAAGUCAGAGGAACACAUUCCGAGAUAUCCUAGACUUCCUUGAGAACGGUUCUGCACCCGAGACCUCGGUGAAGAUCGGUGGAGAUCCUCUGAGCACAGGCUCAUGGACUCAAUACAUCCAGUUGAACUUCCUGAAACAUUUCCUAGGAGGAGGAUUUUUGAAGCACAUGCAGGAGAACCAAUUUCUCCACGACGUGUUUGAUUUUAUCCCCGAGAAGAAGCACCUAUCAGGGGCCGAGCAACGAAUGUCAGCGAGUGAAAAGAGGAUGUACAGGUCACCUAACUCAGCUCUCAGCAAGGCACGGACGCAGUUACUGAACAAACAACGCACAUUGGCGCAGGACAAGAAGUCGGGCUACUUUGCAUUCGACGAGUGAAAGAGGAGCUAAACAACUAGUUUAUCCCUUGUGUCUAUAUAUUCAAAC